UGAUCAUUUUUGCUGUCAAACCAAUAUAGUAAUUUGACACAAUUAAAGCUUGAGAGUGGAAAACAAAUAUUUUAGGACGAUUCAAACCAGAAAACCACCCCUUUCACACCAGUUUAUUGCAUUAUUAGUAAAAGUGUACACUUAUUAAAAUAAUGUUGCAAUUGCACAACUUUAACAUUGUUAAUUUGUGUUCCAUUUGUUUCACGUUCGUAUUCAUUCAAUUAUUAAUUAACAAAUGUCAUAAAACGCAUCAGAAAAUGGUCAAAAAAUAAGUGCAUAAUUGCUUAACUAAAAGUUUAUGAACGUCAGAUUUAGCUCACAUUAAAAUCAAUACUUGAAGAAUUACUUUGAAAAAAAGUUGUGAUAAAACUUUCAAAAAAAGGAAAUUGUGGGUUGUGAAGUCUGGUUGUAUUUCCACUCAAGAUGUCGCUGUAGACCGUGAGUUGGAGAAAUGUGCACGUUUUUAUUCCUCCUUCUAACGCAGAGAUGCACAACAGAGCCUUACAUACUUCUGACAUUAGCAGGCUUCGUGUUGUUGUCUAUUUCUUAUAGACAUUGGAUUUAAUAAAAGCAUUCUUUGUACUUCCUUUGGAAUAUUUGAUAAAAAUAAGCCAUGGAUGUAGAGGACAGUGCUCGCGCUGCCUGGAUGAAGGCUCUGCUGCUGCUUUGUUUGUGGGAUUUGGGUUACGCUCAGAUUUCCUACUCUGUUUCUGAGGAGGCCAAGAAGGGAGCCGUUGUUGGAAAUCUGGCGAAAGAUCUUAAUCUCAGUGUGCAGGAACUGGAAUCGCGCAUGUUUCAGCUGGUGGCUGGAUCUGACGCAAAGUAUUUUGAGGUAAAUCGGAAAAGCGGGAUUUUAUUAGUUAAUGACAGAAUAGACCGAGAGGAGCUGUGUGAAAGCAAACAGAAAUGCGUAUUGAAUGUUGAAGCAAUGAUUCACAAUCCUCUUAAACUCUACCGGUUUCGAAUUAAUAUUCUAGACAUUAACGAUAAUUCUCCAGUAUUUCCAGAUCAAACACUUCUUUUGGAUAUUACUGAAAAUAUGGUUCAGGGAGAUCGGUUUCCGGUAAUAACAGCAAGUGAUACGGACGUCGGUAGCAACUCAGUAAAAACAUACAAAAUAAAUUCUAAUGAACAUUUUUCACUGGAGAUGCAGAGUGAUUUAGUUGAGCUCGUGCUUCAGAAACCAUUGGAUAGAGAGCGAGAAUCGAUGAUCAAGCUCGUGCUGACUGCUGUAGACGGCGGGUCUCCGCCCAGAUCUGGAUCAAUGCAGAUAAUUAUUAAUGUACUGGAUAUAAAUGACAACAGUCCUGUUUUUACGAAGUCUUUAUACAAAGUCAAGGUCCACGAAAAUGCAUCUAUAGGAACUAAAAUCCUUACAGUUUCCGCAGCAGAUGCAGACGACGGAAAUAACGGUGAAGUGUCUUACUCUAUCGUUAGUGAUGCCCGAAGCUCGGCUGUCGAUUUAUUCACAAUCAAAUCUACUUCAGGAGACAUCACUGUCAAGGAAAUAUUGAUUAUGAGCAAUAUCCCGCGAUAGAACUCAACAUUCAGGCUCAGGACAAUGCACAAUAUCCAAGAAAGUCUAGAUGUAAAGUGUUGAUUGAAGUAGUGGAUGUUAAUGACAACACACCAGAGAUCUCAGUUACUCUGCUCAUGAACUCCAUCAGAGAGGACAUCA